UGCUAGCUAAAAGGUUAAAACCUAUAUCUCCCCCAGGCCAUCCAUCCCAUCCACCCCAUCUCGAUCGAUCCUCCAGCCCUGCCGCCACACCGUCCACUGUUCAUCCAUCCCCUUCUCCCUCCCUCUCCCAAGGAUGACUUGACCACCUGAACAUGGCAUUCCUCGGGCUCCUGCUGUUGCUCUCGGCUGGAGUGGGCACAUGAUUGGAUCACUCGAUUCACUCACCACCUAGCAGCUACCUAGCAACCGUCGGAGAUUCCUGAGAAACGCUCGUGCGGCUGCACACGUACGCGCGCGCGGCGGAGAUCGAUCGAGUACUGGAUCAGAACUCAGAAGCCAGGGCCAGAUUCCUUCCGGGAACCAAGCAAAGGAGGUAGAGAAAUCGUGAAGCUUUAGUGAAGAAGAAGAGCUAGUAACCAACCAUGGAUCACCACCAUCACCACCACCACCACCAUCAUCACAUGAUCCCGGGCCAAGAACCAUCGGCGCCGGACACGAACCCCACCCCGGACGCCUUCUUCCUGGGCCCGGGCGGCGCCGCCAUCUUCUCCGGCUCCGGCGGCGCCGGCUCGUCCUCCUCCUCAGCCGCCGGCGCCACCUCAUCCGCGUCCCCCUCAGGCUCCUCCCCCUCGCUAAGCCGCUACGAGUCGCAGAAGCGGCGCGACUGGAACACGUUCGGGCAGUACCUCCGGAACCACCGCCCGCCGCUGUCCCUGUCCCGGUGCAGCGGCGCGCACGUGCUGGAGUUCCUCAAGUACAUGGACCAGUUCGGCAAGACCAAGGUGCACACCCCCAUGUGCCCCUUCUACGGCCACCCCAACCCGCCGGCGCCAUGCCCGUGCCCGCUGCGGCAGGCCUGGGGCUCCCUGGACGCGCUCAUCGGCCGCCUCCGGGCCGCCUACGAAGAGAACGGCGGCACCCCGGAGAUGAACCCGUUCGGGGCCAGGGCCGUCAGGCUGUACCUGCGCGAGGUCCGCGAGACGCAGGCCAGGGCCAGGGGGAUCAGCUACGAGAAGAAGAAGCGCAAGAAGCCGUCUUCGGCGUCCGGGUCCGGGUCCGGGUCCGCGGCAGGCGGCGGCGGUGGGCCGUCGUCCGAGGGAAGCCCGCCGCCGCCGCAUCCUGGCCCGCCGGACGCGCCGCACUUCAUCAUGCCGUGAGUUCGCUCGUUCGUUCGUUCUUCCUACUAGCUGCUUAGGGGAUCCUUCCAUGAUGGCAAUCUGCGGGCGCGCGUCCAUCUGAGCACAGCUAGCUAGCACACAAGAAGUUCCUUCCUUCGCUUCUUGGAAUGCAAGUAGUGCUGCUGGCUGGUUCAACACAAGAGGAUAGCUAGAUUGUUCUUCGCCUUUUCUUGCAUUUUGCAAAAGAUUUCUCCCCCUUCUUGAUUUCCAUUGUUUGUUUUACUUCUCAAGUAAGGUCGUCGUCAUUCGUGAGCGCACUAAUUUAUUUCUGUUAAUUUUUUCUCUGGCUUAAUUUUGGUCGAUGGAAUUGGCCGAUUAGAUGUUUGAUUUUGUUUGGUUUGCUAGCUAGCACCUUGAGAAUCUCUAGCUAGUUGGAGUUAUUCCUAGUGAGUCGUUUUGGCCUUGGGAGACAUUGGCAAGAACAAAAAAGCAGCUAGCUUGCUGGUGUGGUAGCAUCUCUUUAGAAUUUGCUCUUGUAACAGCUAGAUUUGCUAAUUAAGGCACAAGUACUACUUUUGUGUUGGCA